AUAAUGCUUCCAAGCAACACCAUCUUUCAGAUCCUUCUCAUAUUCCAGUUUUGUCUUGGUGUGAUAGGAAACUCAUCACUGUUAAUGUUAUAUAUAUACAUGUUCCUUUUCAGGUCUCAUUUUAAGAAGUUAAUAGAUUCAGUUUUCCUGCACCUGACAAUAGUUAAUCUGUCAACAAUCAUGUUCACAUUGAUAAAAGAUAUCAUGUUUUCCUUUAGAGUACCCAAUUUUCUGGACGAUAUCGGUUGUAAGGCAGUUUUGUUUUCAUUCAGAAUCACCCGGGGUUUGUCCAUCUGUACAACCUCUGUUCUAAGCAUAUUUCAAGUCAUCACUGUCACUCCCAGUAAUUCUAAGUGGGCCUGGCUUAAACCUAGACUCUCUAGAUGGAUUUUUUAUUCCUUACUUUGCUCCUGGCUGAUUAACAUACUCAUCUACGGAUAUAUGCUUGACUUGGUAAUUGCCAAAACCAAUGUUACUCACAUUGGCCAUGGUUAUUCACAUGGUUAUUGUCAAAACAAAAAAUUUCAGAAGGAUGAGUCAGGAUCAUUUUUUAGCCUUAUCAUCACUCAUGAUCUCUUCUAUGUGGCCAUCAUGAUGUGGGCCAGCCUCUACAUGGUGAUCUUCCUACACAGACAUCACAAGACAGCCCAGCAUCUCCACAGCCAAAGUCUUUCCUCUCAGUUAUCUCCUGAGCGCAAAGCCACUCACAGCAUUCUGUCUCUGGUGAGCUGUUUUGUGUUAACUUACUGGUUGAACAACUCCAUCACCCUUUAUGGUUUUUAUACAAGAGAAAAAAUUCAAAGAUUGGAAGCAAUUGAUACGAUUUUAACAACGAGUUACCCAACCAUCUGCCCUUUUUUACUCAUGAAGAAUAAUAAAGUUAUUUUGCAAUUCACUUCCUCAUUUCCUGUACUGAGAAUGACCUGUUUUCAUCGUUCACUCAAUGGCUGA